AUGGUCCCCCGGGUGCAAGAGGCGACGCCGGGUUGGAUCGUCGGCUUCGACGCCUUCGACGCGCACGAGGCGCUCUGCUCUCUCGUCGCUUCGGCGCUCUCGCCGCUCCCGCGUGGCUCGUGGCGGCUGGUAGCCCGGCCGCCGCACUGGCCUCGGCUGCCGACCGACUUUGUCGCGAUCGAGGUGACGGCGGCCGCCGACGUGGGGUCCACGUCCCGCGCGGCCCGCCGGCUCCUCACCCAGCAGGCAGGCCGCAUCGCGGGCUCGCGCACGCGUGUGCGAGGCGUCUGGCCGCGCCGCUGGUACACUGCAGAACGUCCGUCGCCCUCGCCGGCCGGCGGCGGCGGCCCUCGCCGGCGGCCCUUGGGCUCGUCGGCCUCGCAGACCCAGCCCACCUCGCGCGACGUGACGGGCCGCGGCAAGCAGACGCCGUACAACUUCAUCACCAAGGCGUACAACGCGAGCCGCUGGUGGUCACGCGACGCGACCGGCAAAGGGCUCAAGGUUGCUGUCUUCGACACCGGGCUCAACCCGAGGCAGAACUACCUGCGCGACGUGGUCGAGGCGGUGGACUUCACGCCCGAGCGCAACACCGCCGACGUGGGUGACUUAGUUGGAGAGGUGAAGACACAGUGGCGCGGGCUGGACGACGCCGCUGGAGCGGCGAGGCGCGGCGUCGACUGCGCGGGCUUCGCGCCAGACGCCUCGCUGUACGUGCUGCGCGUCUUCACCUCCAAGCAGGCCUCGGCCACAGACUGGUUUCUCGAGGCGUUCAACCACGCGCUGCACCGGCGCGUCCACCUCAUCAACCUCGCCGUCGGCGGCCCCGACUACCGCGACACCCCGUUCGUCGACAAGGUGUCGCAGCUCGCUGCGGCGGGCAUCACCAUCGUGUCGGGCGCAGGCAACUCCGGCCCUGGGUGGGGCUCGCUGAUGAACCCGGCAGAUGACGCGGCCGUCCUCGGCGUGGCGGGGCUCGACAAGGACGGCAAGCUCGCCGCCUGGUCGUCGCGCGGAAUGACGCUGUGGGAGGAGCCUCUCGGCGCGGGCCGCGCCGGCGUCGACGUCAUCACCCAUGGAGAGUUUUGGGGCGCCGACCAGCACAAUGCGUGCCAGCACCAGUGGGGGACGUCGGUCGCUUGCCCGGUCGUUGUCGGCCUCCUCGCGCUCCUCCUCUCCUCGCUGCCGGAGCGGCAGCGCAACACGCUGCUCAACCCGGCGGCGCUCAAGCAGGUGGUGUACGCGGGCUCCUCGCCGCUGCCAGACUACGGCUGGCUCGAGCAGGGGGCCGGGCUGCUUGACGCGCCGGCGACGGAGGCGGCCGCGCGCGCCUUCGAGCCGCACGCGUCUGCCGUGCCGUCGGUGCUCGACUUGCGGCCGACGGUCGGGUGCCCGUACUUGUGGCCGCUUUGCGACAUGCCGCUGUACGCGACCAUGCAGCCGCUUUUCGUCAACCUCACGCUGCUCAACUCGCGCUCCGCCACUGCCGCGUUCGCCGCGCCGCCCCUGUGGCGGCCCCGCGCCGGGGGGCACGCCCUCCACGUCUCGUUUGCGUACGACGACCACCGUGGCCUCUCGGCGCACCGAGGUUUCCUCGGGGUGCGGCUCUCCGUCUCCUCCUCCGCCUCGGGUUGGGCGGGCGAGGUGGAGGGCGAGCUCGUGAUCACGCUCGUCGACACCGCGCUCGCCGCGAACGGCAGCGCCGCCGCUGCCCGGCCCGCCGGCUCGCCGCACAGCGUGGUGGUGCCAUUGCGUGCGACGGUGGUGCCGACGCCGCCGCGCCGGAAGCGGCUGCUCUUCGACACGCUCCACUCGAGCGCGUACCCAAACGGCUUCUUCCCAAACGACGACCUCUCCCAGCUGAGCGUCGAGCUGAUGGACUGGAACGGGGACAGCCCGCACACCAACUACGUGCCGCUCUACGCCUCGCUGCGCGCCUCCGGUUUCUACGUGGAGAGCCUCCGCGCCGACCUGACCAGCUUCGACGCCAACCUCUACGGCGCGCUGCUGCUGCUCGACCCGGAGGAGCCCUUCCUUCCCUCCGAGCCCGCCAAGCUGCGCGCCGACGUGACCAGCCGCGGGCUCGGCCUCGUGGUCGCCGCCGACUGGCACGCCCCGGACCUGAUGGCGAGCCUCGACUACACCGACGAGGCAACCAAGCAGCGGCGCGUCUGCGGCGCCGGCGGCGCCAACGUGCCCGCGCUCAACGAGCUGCUCGAGCCGCUCGGCAUUGGCUUUGGCUCGCAGGUCUACUCGGGCACCUACCGCCUCGGCGGCGGCGCCGUUGCCCACCUCUCGGGGUCCUCUCUCCGGCGCUUCCCCGCGGGCGGGCGGCUGGUCUCGGCGACGCUCUCGCGCGGCGUCAAGCGGGGCGACCGCUGGCUGGGCGGCGAGAAGGGGGGCCGCGAGGAGAGAGCCCUGCUCGCGCGGCGCGCCCGCCUCAGCGACGCGUCGAUGACACGUCCACGACACCACCUCUACGCGGCGCGCGGCGCGGAUUGGGCGCCGCCGCUGCUCGCGCGCGUGCCGCGGCUGCGCGCGCCCUACCUCGACGAGGCGCUUCCCGCGUGGGGCCGGGCUCCCUUCACGCCGGCCCUCACCGAGGCGCAGCAGGGCGCCUUCGUCUCGCAGUCGCGGCUGCUGGGGAUCCUACGCGGCUGCACCGUCGACAACGCGUCGUGCCGCACGCCGCUGGUGCCGCGGCCGACGUGGCGCCUCGCCAGGCCGCCCUCGGACCCCCUCGGUGGGGAGGACCUUCCCACGGCCGGCGGCGCGGGCCGCUUCCGCGGCUACACGGUCACGCUGGCCCUCUCGCUGCUCGGCCUCGGCGCCAUCUUCGCCAUGGUGCCUCGAAAUCGGCGACGGCGGCGGCUCGCGCGGGCGGCGGCCGCCGCGGCCGCGCUCGAGGAGCCCGCCGACGACGUCCACAGCAGCGGGAUGACGCGCCCAUCCUUGGUUGCGGUGCGCGUCGCCCAGACCGUCGCCGAUGUCGGCGGGCUGUGGCAGUAG